GUGUUCUUCCUCAACGAAUCAUCUCAACAGUGUUCGCUCGUGGUUGGAAUUAAUAAAGUUUUUUUUUAAAACAACAUGUCUACCUUCAUAGAAGUCGCCUGAAAUGACACAUCUUAGACACAGACCUCAGUGCAGACAGCAUCACUGCCAAUAAGCAGCAAUGCCGGCUUCCCUGAAGAGCCUUCAGCAGAUGGCCAUCUUUGUCACAGUGGUGACAGGAGGAGGCUGCUCAGUGAUGUACUACCUGAUGCAAAAAAACUUCUCCAGGUCUGAUUAUUAUCGCCUGGCCCUUGAGCGCCUGGAGGCCCACCCCCCAGCCAUGGAGAGCCUGGGCGCCCCCCCUCUACAAGCUCACAAUAUUCGCCUGACAGAUCGGCACAACCGCGUGGACCCUGCCAGGGCUCAGAUAAAAAUCCCUGUGUCAGGUACGAAAUCGGCCGGCUACCUCUACACAUCCUCGACGCGGGAUGUACGCCUCAACAGGUGGUGUCUGCAGGAAGCGGUGCUGUUACUGCGGGACGGCCGGCGGAUCGACGUCCUUGGAGCCAGCGCUGAGGCCCCAGACCCCCCCUUGUCCCAGGACUUUGGUUUUUAAUGCUUGUAAUCAUCUCACCCAUCCUACUUCUCCAGUACCCAAGGGAAGGCAGUACCUUAACCAUGUUAGCACAGACACAGGAAGGGAACCCAGGCAGACAGCGUCCUCCUUCUCCAGUACCCAAGGGAAGGUGGUACCUUAAACAUGUUAGCACAGACACAGGAAGGGAACCCAGACAGGCAGAACCGCCUUUUUCAAAGUAAUAAUAACAAGAAUGUCCAUAUAUUGUGUUUGUUUAUUACACUGCACACACUGAUUUAUCUCUGGUUUGCUAGUAGUUAGCUAGCAAAGUUGGUCUAGCAGAUACUAUGCAGCAAUUAACUCACAACUGGAUCUGACGUCAUUUGUCGUGCUUAGGGGUACCGUAAUCCUGUUCAACUGAUUUCAGAUUAAAAUGAGAAUGCUAUGGUACUAGCAAUAAAUCACAUAAAGUUUGUGUGCAAUAUUUUUACAGCUACAAA